UAGUGCUUGGCUGGGCUGCUCAGCUCCCUGCCUGCCACCACAGCACUACCACUGGACAAGGAGGGGUGAUCAGGGCGUGAUCCUGUUGCUGAAAUGGACCACAGCGCCCAAGCAGGUCUCGUGGUUGCACUAGGAGAGAUGAUGGAGAGGCCGACAGCAGCAUGGGCUGCCCUGGAAUGGAAGAUGCUGAAACACCCUGUGCAGGGGGCUGCUGCCCUGCUGGUGGGGCAGAGAGCCGGGGGAGCCGGGGGAGCAGGAGUGGGCUGUUAGGGAGGAGAGUGGCGUCAGCCCAGCCUCACACUGCCUUCCUGUUGAGGGCUCUGAGCUCACCCUCCUGCUCUCGGGUUGUCUGGAAACGUGGCACGAGGGGAGGGACCUCCGUGGGCACAGCGGGUGCUGUGAGUGCAUCGGUCCCUUCUGGCACAGCAGAACUCUGCUCCGCAGCCUGAGGCACCACCUGGAGAGCGAGGUGCUGCGCUCACAGCCGCCCAUUGCCUGCUUACUGAGCUGUGCCUACUGAGAAGCCCCAGGUGAGGAGUGCUCCAGGGUCGUGCUGUGGACAUACCAUCUUUGGGUUGUGUUUGCCAGACAUGGCUCGCUUGGCUGUGGGAAUCAUCCUUGCUGUGCUGGCUCCGCUCAUCAUCGCCGCCAAUGUGCUGGUGGCCAUUGCCCUCCUUCGCCUUAUCUGGAAGACCGGCUACAAGGGACACUAUUUUGUCCUUAAUCUUGCUGCUGCAGAUGCCAUGGUUGGUUUGUCGGUUGUAGGUCUGGUCAGAGGGGAGUUCUUUGAGCACGUUCAUCCCAAGCAGACCUUCUGUGUCCUGCAAAUGGCUUUUGUGACAUCCUCUUCUGCUGCUUCUAUCCUGUCCCUGACCCUGGUCGCGUGUUACAGGCACCUGGCAAUCAGAAAGCCUUUCCGCUAUCACCAGCUGGUCACGGGCACGCGGGUAGCGCUGCACUUGGUGGUGCUCUGGCUGCUUGCUGGUAUCGUUGGCUUUCUCCCACUCCUUAUCCCAGGCUUUCGGAAGAUCUCCUUCGACGAAAAAUGCUCCUUCUUCAGAGUCUUCCAACUCAGCUACAUUCUCAUUAUCUCCUGCAUGGGUUUCUUUCCAGUCCUGUUUCUCUUCGUUUACCUCUACUGUGACAUGUUGAAAAUUGCCUCUGUGCACGUGCAACAAAUCCGGGAAGCGGAACGUGUGGGGCUGGCCAGGGGCAGCACCAGUGACAUGAAGGCCAUGCGCACCGUGGCCAUGCUGGUCGGCUGCUUUGUGCUGUCCUGGCUGCCAUUUUUCAUCGCUGGCAUCGUGCAAAUUGCGUGUACCAAGUGCUUCCAUUACAGAGUCAUUGAGAGCUACCUCUGGCUGUUGGGACUGUGCAACUCCCUCCUGAACCCCUUGCUCUACUCCUACCGGCAGAAGGACGUGCGGCGGCAGCUCUCCCAGCUGGCUGCUGAUGUGAAGAGGAAAGUCCUUCAUUUGGGGAAGGGUUGCUGUUUCCCCAGCAGAGGGACCGAGUCCAUUCCCGCUGUGUCGUGCUUGUAGCUCCAG